AUGAACCGCGUGCUACAGCUGCCGCUGGGAUCCAGCGCCCCGCCUGUCGUAGAGAGUUAUACUCUUGGUGACGUUCUUAUCUGCAAGGCCAACCGCGGGAAGCUGCUGGAGGUCGAGCACCUCAUUAAAGCACUGCAUGCCGACCACGGCUGCUCUGCGCUACAUGGUGCAGCGGCGUCUGGACAACUCGACGUGGUGCAAUGGAUGGGCACGCACGGCAGCGUAAACUGGAGCGCCACAGACCACGACGACCAGACAGCACUGCACUAUGCGGCUUUCUACGGACAUCUGGAGGUGGUGCAGUUCUUAGUGGAGAGCGGAGUGCCACUGGAUGCGCCUGAUAAGUUUGGUCGCCUCGCGCACUGCUCUGCCGCCAUCAACGGCCACCUGGACGUGGUCGCGUAUCUGUUGGAGGAAUGCCCCAGUCCCAUUGAGAUUAAUGCGGUCGACGAGUAUGGAGGCACGUGUCUGCACUGGGCAGCGUCAAAGGGACGCAAGGAGGUGAUCCAGUAUCUGUGUAUGAAAGGCAUCGACAUUCACAUUACCAGCUAUGACAACAAGACGGCGUAUCAAAUUGCCAAGGACAAGCACAAGCAGAAGUGCGUGCAGUUUCUGAAGAGCUGGUACGAAACGUCACAGAAAUUUGUGCAUGCGGCGGAAGAAGGAGACGACGAAGAAAUCGCGCGAAUUAUUGCCGAUAUCAACGGGUCGUACCCGCUGCGGUUUAUGCGCGACAAGAACGGUAAAAAUGCCAUGCAUUGGGCUGCAGAGUUCGGUCAUUUGUCAACUUUGAAGCUCCUGAUCGAACACUUCACUCUGUGGACGGACGUUGACAAGUUUGGCCGCAAUGCCUUGCAUAGUGCAGCGCUUGGAGGCAACAAGGAGUGCGCGUUUUGGCUUAUCCGCAAGUCCCAAGACUCGUCAGAAUUUCUCUCGUUAACACUGACGAACAAGAGUCCAUCGCGCUGUGCAUUUGAAGCCGGCCACAGCUCUCUCGCUAACUAUCUCCAAGCCUGGGAAGAAGGCAACGACGAUUAUUCGACGAAUGACGAGGCACCAGCGUCAUUGAUAGAGAAUGACAAUGGACGGCCUGCGGGUGAUGAAGAGGAAAACGUAGCUCCGCGAAGCAGAAAUAUUGAGACCGUUUACAACUGGCUCAAGUUUUUCAAAAUGGAAGAAUACGCUCAGAAUUUUGAGAAAGAUGGGUUUGAUACGCUACGUGGCGUGGCAACUAUUGACGAGGAUGACCUUAUCGAUAUGGAUGUGAAAAAGGGUCAUCGACGGGUGGUGCUAUCUCACAUCGAGGAGCUCCGCAACCAGUUGAUGAUGCUGGACGAAAACGCAGAAGCUAUCCCUCAUCGAACAGAGCGACGAGGAUCAAUUACAGCACCUCCCCCGCCAACAGACGUGUAG